AUACACACAGUGUGGAGAGCAGGGGUGUAUAUAAGGGGUGUCUCUCUGAGCGGAGAAGUUCCUUCAUCCCUUUCUCACACACACUCCUCCAACACUCUCUCUCUGUCUCCAUCUCUUUACUGAAGAUGACUGCAGGGUUGUGUAUGUGUGUUCUGCUGGUGGUCCUGUGCACUAGCUGUUCAGGACGGACCCACUUCUCUCCCCCCCUCCAAGAGGGCAGCCCUGCCCUGCCCCCUCCCUCUGAAGCACGUCUGGAAACCAAAGCCCACUUCCUCUCCGAGCCAUACCUCAGACAUACUCACUCCUCUCCUUUGGUCAAUACCAACUCAUAUAAGGGAGAAGCCAAACUCAUUGAACUGUUGGCUAGACUCAUCUCCUCACAGAAAGGUUACAUCAGUGGGAACUCAACAGUGAAGAGCAGAGCCAGCGGUCUCAGUGCUAACCACCUGAUAAAAAACCGAGACUACAACGGGUGGAUGGACUUUGGCCGCCGCAGCGCAGAAGAAAACAAGCACUCCUCGUAGAAAAGUAGUCCCUCUCUACAAGAAAAGAACAAGUCACUGUCUCGU